CUGCCUGCUGAGCCAAAAGCGGACUCAGACGCCUGAGUAGGAGGCUCUGGUCUGAGUGUCAACUGAGAACCGACGCUGUUGCCGUUAACCUUCAUAGACACAGCACAUCGACACUGGGGUUGGUGGGAUCUGGGAAGACGUUGCCUCGAUAAUCGACACUCUCACGGCCCUCCAUCUAAAAUCAGAAUGGAAGCUCAAGGUGGAAACAGACUCAGCUGUGGGACAAUUUGUCUGAAGUAUUUACUUUUUCUCUUUAACAUUCUGUUUUGGCUGGCAGGAGCGGCUGUGCUGGCAGUGGGAGUGUGGACUCUGGUGGAAAAGAGCGACUACAUCAGUCUACUGAACUCCAGCUUCUACUCGGCCUCAGCUUACAUCCUGAUAGCUGCCGGGGUCAUUGUGAUAGUGACCGGGAUCAUCGGAUGCUGUGCCACUCUGAAGGAGAUGAGGGCUCUCUUGAUUGUGUAUUUGGUCUUGUUGAUCUGUAUUUUCCUGCUGGAAAUCAUUGCUGGCGUGCUGGCUUACAUAACCUACCAAGAGUGUUUCCCUUUCUGCUACCAGCUGGAUGAGGAGCUCAGACAGAACCUGAAGGUGACCAUGCAGGAGAAAUACAAGCAGCCGGGCGAGAAUGGCGUCACGCAGGCUGUGGAUAAACUCCAGCAGGAGUUUAAGUGUUGUGGCAGUUACAACUCCUCAGACUGGAGAGACUGUGCGUGGAUCCAGGAACCACACAACAAGCGUCUCGUUCCUGACAGCUGCUGUAAGAGUCCUGAUGACCUCUGUGGCCUCAGGGACCAUCCCUCCAACAUCUACAAGGUGGAGGGAGGCUGCAUUAUGAAACUAGAGGAGUUCAUCCUGAGUCAGUUGUAUAUUCUUGGUGCAGUGGGCAUUGGGAUUGCAUUUUUACAGCUUGUGGGGAUGAUGUUUACUUGCUGCCUCUAUCAAAAUUUGAAAGAGGAUCCGUACUGAUUUUUGACUUUCUUUAAUAAUGCAGAUUGUGUAAAUUGUAAAAUGUUUAAGUAUUUUAAUUCCCCGUUAUUAACUGAGUUGUGGAUGCUGUGAAGUUGCCAAUUCAAAGUAUAACAUGAUUAUUGCCAAAACAGCUACUAAAGAUGAUGAUGUAAUGCUGCUGGGCAGCGAUGUCCUUUUUAU